AUGAGCUCCAAGCGAAUCCAUCUCGUUCGACACGCGCAAGCCGAUCAUAACGUCGACUUUGACAAUCAUAGUUUUCCAGAUGCGGCCUUAACACCUACCGGCAAAGAACAAUGCAUCGGAUUGAAUGAAAGGACUUCAAUGAACAUACAGAAAUCUGCCCAACUCCUAGUAACAUCCCCCUUACGACGCACGCUUCAGACAACCUUGAUAGGCUUCCCCCAACUCAUACAUAAACUAGGUGGUCGCAGUGCCAUUAUUGCGCUGCCACAACUUCAAGAGAACGGAUGUUCGCCUGCCGAUACAGGUAGCUCACGUUCGGAGCUGGAGGGGGACAAGGAAUUUGAGGGUAUCGACUUUAGUCUGUUAGCUGACGGAUGGAAUUCCAAAUCUGGCGUCUGGUCAUCCGACAAGCAUUCCUUGAAACACCGAGCGGGAUGGACGCGGACGUGGCUUGCUGCGCGACCCGAAGAAGAAAUUGUCGUCGUCUCUCACGGCGGUGCAUUGAGAUAUAUAACGGAAGACUAUGCUGGCGAUGAACCUUGGGGUAACACAGAGUACAGAACGUACACCGUUUCCAAUGAAUUGUCCAAGUAUGGUGGUCCUAAAUUGAUCUUAGCAACUCCUCAAGCUAGCCUUUCAUGA